AUGAGCAACGACAGCAAUACAGAAACUGAAGAAAGCGACGUCGAUGAUGCGACUUUGAUUCAACAAGCCGAAGCAGAAGCUUCAGAAGAGCGCCUGUUGAAUGCUGCCAAUUUCCUGAGAAAGGUCAAAGACAAAGAAUUGCUAGCGAGGGAACACCGGAGCAUUCUAAAAUGGUCCGUUUUAGUGCAACGUAGCAUGCAGGCUCUGUUGGAUUCACCAGAUGAGGAAGGCAGUGGCUGGACCAAACAAAGUGAAUCUCACGGCGACAGAGAUUUCUUUGUGUAUUAUCAGGUGGAACCGGACACCAACAAGUUGUUUUGCCGAAUUGAAUCUUCCAUUGAAAGCAGUCUUUUGGUACCAUUGCUAGCCGUCUUUAACGAGUCGUCUCUCUAUCAAGAAUGGAUGCCAUCCUGGCAAAAGCCAUUCAAGAUUGGUGUUCAAGAAUCCAAUAUGCUUGCUGAAUAUGGACGAGGGAAUCAAAUUAUUCAGGUCAAAGUGGCGAUGCCCUUAUUUUUUGCGACCAGAGAAGUCAUGAUGCAUUCUAUGGCAGUAGAUGUGAUUGAAGAAGAGGGUGCUAUUGCCAUUCAUGUCAUUUCAGAGAGUAGUCAAGACGAUCCGGUGAUUCCAGAGCCCCCGAAGGGUGCGGUCCGGAUUGAUUUUGAGAGCGGUAUUCUCGUCCGGGGGUGUCCCGAAGAUCAUCCCUUGUAUCCCAAAUCUGAGGAGCAAAGGAACAAACUACCAAAAGGAGAUGAAAUCAUUCACAUUGGUAUGCGCAUGACUGUCAACUCCCAUGUCACUGGUGUUCCCAUGUCCUUUAUCAAUUUCUCGACACGAACUGUGAUUGGCGCCAUGUGGGGUCAGCUAUUGAAAGUGGCCGAGAGUGUCCGAGAUGGGGAAAUCAGCUUGCAUCGGGAUCAAAUCAAGGAAAAAGCAGAACUGUACGAUUGGGUCACCGAAAGAAUGGAAUUCAUGGUGGCCAAAAUGAAGAAAGAACAAACGACAAAACAAUAG